UUAAAAACCAAUCCGCUCUCCUCUCGCUUCAGAACUCAUAGGCUCAAUCCCUUUGCUCUCUUCCUCAUCUCGCGUGCUUCCUGGUACCUCGGGCUGUCAGAGAUACGGGCACAUCCCCAAGAUAGGAGGCGCAUGGCUACACGACAUUAGGGUUAGUGGCCGGGGAAGCGCCAACGGAGAGAGUCAAACUCCAGUCAAACUUCAAGUUGGGAGUUGUGGAAAGAGAGAGCAAGAGGUGGAAUCCGGCUGCUGCGUUGACUUACAUCCCUCAGGAUAAAAGGAGGUCUGCUGCAUCAAACGAUUCCAUAUUAAAGGACACUUAACAGGAAGGACUUUAUCCUCACGUGGAUUACCAGAACGAGGAUGGCCUUUUCAUCCCAGGAGCACAAAUCCCUUUUCUUCCUCCUUCUUCUAUUCUACAUCCCUCUCCUCUGUUUAUGCCAGAUAACACAGACUGACAACAGCACCUCUCCCACUCCCAGCACCUCUGCCACUUCUGCUCCCCUGCCCAGCAACUCUUCAAACUCCUCUUCCCAGGAUGCUGUGCCAGGCUGUGGGGUGGGGCUGGACUAUGCCUACACUUACCUGUGUGACCGUGAGUCGAUAUGGGGCAUCGUUUUGGAGAGCCUGGCCUCUCUAGGCUUCGUGGUCAGCGCUGGUCUGCUGGUAGGCCUCUUCUUCUGGACUCUGUGGGUCUGUGUGUCAUCGCGGCGGCAGCGAGGCGGCUUCGGAGGCACAGUGGCCAACGUGGCCUUGUUCCUUCUCGCCACUGCUGGGAUCUUUGCCAUCACCUUUGCCUUCAUCAUCCGUCUUACGCCCCAGACCUGCCCCACCAGGCUCUUCCUGUUCGGGGUGCUCUUCUCCCUGGCUUUCUCUUGCCUUGUGGCUCGCUGCCUGGGUCUGCUGGGUUUUGCGGUGGCCCGAGGCUGGGGAGAGCCCUCCGUUGCCCUGGGGCUCUUCGUUGUGCAGGUGGUCAUCGCUACCGAGUUCCUGAUCAUCGUGCUGGUCCGUGACGACAAACCCUGCGAGUACAGCCAGAGUGAGUUUGCCAUGCUGCUGAUCUAUGUGCUCUGCCUCCUGGCUGUUGGCCUGGUCCUCUCCCUGCGUCUCCUGUGCCGCUCCUGCUUCACCUACAGCUACAGCUACACAGGCAGCACCCACCGGCAGAGUCAGGUGCAGGCCACCCUGCUCUGCCUCACCCUGCUGCUCUCCGCUGCCAUCUGGGUGGUGUGGAUCGCUCUGCUGACCAGGGGAAACAUGGAGAUGGGCCGCCGGCCAAAAUGGGACGACCCGGUAAUUAGUGUGGCCUUAGUGGCCAACGGCUGGGUGUUACUGCUGGGAUACGGCCUGGCUCAGGUUAUCUUCCUCUGCAGGGGUGAGGCCAAGUCCAAGGAGGGCCCUCUUAGCUUUGCCGGCUGGACCAGCCCAAGUGCUGAUAUUCCAGGACUGGGCAGCCAGAAACAAGGAACGGAAAACGGCAGCUUUGAGAACGAUGGUGAGGACAAGAGAGGCAGGAGAAUGGAGCCAGCGCUCCGAUCACCGUACGAGUCUGGAUUCUCCAUGACAGAAAUCGACCCUGAAAAAGACUACACCAUUCCUCGCCCUCAGACCACCAACAUCAGGGAACCUUAUGAUGAAUAUUACAGACAAGGUCUCUCAGAUUGAAGUCAUGCUGAUUUGCCUAUCUGCUCUCCGUUGUUCAAACACACAUACAUGCAUGCACAGGUCAAGCCUACACACACACACACACACACGCACACACACACACACAAACACACACCUACGACAAAAUUCGAGGCUGACCCAACUCAUGCACUAUCAUGUGCUUG